AUACAAAAUUGGAAGGCUCGCAGUGAAUGAACCGGCCGGCCAGAUCUCUUAUAUCAAGCUAACUAAUUGAUGUAUUAUAUAGCAGAGCCAGAACCAGACGAGAGUGAAGGAAGCAAACGUCGGAGAGCUCCGAGCGAUGAUGAAUGCGCUUAAAUUUCACCAUUUCACUCCCUACAAAACCUUCCUGUCUCUCAAAUCUCCCUCCUUUCGCUGUCCUCACCACCUCCGCCUUCCAAUUCGACGCCACACCUCUCUUACCCUACAAUCACUCCCUGAUCCUCCUCCUCCACCAUCACAAUCUGAGCCCUCAACUUCACCGGACUACAUUACCUUCAUCGGAUCUUCAUCUUCUUCUUCUUAUUGUUCCCACUCGCACUUAAACUUCACUCAACGCCAAAUCGUCAUUCUCAAUGUCAUUGCUUGCGCUGUAUCAGUCUCUGCCACGUGGCUUUUCAUCUCUGCAAUUCCAACUCUUCUUGCAUUCAAGAGAGCAGCAGAGUCACUAGAAAAGUUGAUGGAUGCAACAAGGGAAGAGCUUCCUGAUACAAUGGCUGCUAUUCGUUUAUCCGGCAUGGAGAUUAGUGAUCUUACUAUGGAGCUUAGUGAUCUUGGACAAGAGAUAACUCAAGGAGUUAAAAGCUCCACUAGAGCUGUUCGCAUAGCUGAGGAGAGGCUUCGUGGUUUGACAAACAUGCCUUCACCACCACCACCGCCACCGUCAGCUUUGUUGCAGACGAUACCCAGACAGAAAACUGAGACAGGAGCACUGGUAGUAGCUAGGACUGCUAAGGGUAUAAAGGAAGGCAUUGUAAGAGGUCGUGCAAUCUUGCAACUGUUUUUCACAUUCACCCAUUAUUCCAGAUUAGCUCUUAACUAUUUCAGAAAGCAAGCUAAGAAGUAGAGCUAAAGGCAUAAACCUUCUGGUGAGAGAAUAUCAAAUUUACCUCUGCACUUAUCCAUUUCGUAGCUGAAUUUUGACUUUGCAGUUGGGGUUGCUGUCGAGUAUUGAGACAUUUGGGGGUAUCAGGCAAUGAGACACUAUCCACCGGAAAGGUGAAGGAGAUAUUGACAGAAUAGACUUCUUGGUUCCCUCUUCUAAUGUUGUAUUCUGCAAAAGGUAAUAUUAGUUUGUUCUUAAAUCUAUCUUUAGGACGGGUCAGUAUGAGAAAUAUUUCUGCAGGUUCAUGUGCAGUCCUUGUGUAUGAAACAUUCAGGUCAAAGAAAGCAUUCCUUGCUUUUAGUAAUGUUCAUGAAAAUUUUGGAUUUGUUAAA